UGAUAAUUCGAAAUUUUUUUUAAAAUAAAGAUUUUCUCUGUUUCUUAAUUUCUAGUUUGUUUAGAUUGAUAAUUUUUCUCAGUUUUGAUUGCAUUUUCUACAAGUAUUCUGAUCAUCUGCAAACGUAUUCAUCAUGGAAAUUGAUCGUCAAAUUCGUAUGAAUGAAAAUGAUCUACAAUCUGCUUUUCAAUCUGGACCAUCGAUCAAACCAUCGGCUAUGAGUAAUUUGAUUCCAGUUGAACAACGUAAAAAAGGAAUAUCAUUAAUCAGCGCUAAUACACCGGCUAGUAAUCGUCGUAAAUUGGGUAAUCUUUCCAAUACACCAUUUCAAUCGUUGAAAAAAUUACAAAAUGAUAAAAAAUCUAAUGGAAUUCAUCAACAACAACAACAAUGUUCAAGUAUGAAGAUUUCAAAACAGUUAAAAUCAACAACAGCAACACCAAUGUUAUCCAGUAUUGAUGAAAUUGAAAAUGCUUAUCCAUUGAAUCACCAUGAAUAUCGUGAACAAAAUUUUCCAUCCGAAUUUAGUGAUUAUUAUAUUGAACAUUAUCAUCCGAAAUUAAUGUUGGCACCAUUUGAAGAUGAAAUUGAAUCGAAACGUUUAUCUAAAUUGAAACAAAUGCAAGAUGAAUUAUCGGUUGAAGAUUAUUUUGCCGAUUUUAUCUAGAUUUUGCAUUCAUUUUAUGGCCUUUUUUCUACUUUUACAUUAUGAACAUUUUUUCUCACUUUGAUACGGUUAAUAUUUGAUUGAACACCAAAACAAACACACUAUACACUCACAUUCUCAAUGACUGAUUUUCAUUUCAUUUGUUAAAUUAUCUUAACCCUUUUUUACUAUUUAUAUUCUUUUCAUUCAGCAAAUAAUAAUAAAACUUUUUUUUUCCACAUAGGAUUCUGUUUUUGGAUUCGAAAAGAAAAACAGAAUUGAAGUUCAAGUUCAUCGCAUCACAUCUGUGACUAUCGUCGAUCGUUUGAUUAUCAUCUAAUUAUUACCAGCUUAUAGUAAUGCUGUUGGUAAUAC